CAAAAUGAUUAUUCCCCAAUUCAAUUUUUCUAGGGAUCUUACAAAUCUUGAAGUUGUUUUAUCGUCAGCGAUUUUCUUCCUCAAUAACGUUACAGUUUUCAUGUCAAUUGGCUUCUAGGUUUUGGUCUACGACAUUUAUGACUGAAUAGUGCCUAAUAAUCACGAAUGUUCCAGUAAGUGGCGCUUAAUUGCUUAGAAUUACUGUAAUGGAGGAUGGAAACGAGGAUCAAAGAAUGUUAACAGCAUCAGAUUCUGUAGAACCAUCAGUGUCUUCUGCAGCUGAUGAAGUGAAAAAAUAUAGUGUUCAACAAAGAGAGGCUUUACCAGGAGAGCCUCGAUGCAUAGAGUGUGGCCGGUAUGGGGAAUAUAUAUGUGAUGAGACUGAUGAUGAUAUCUGCAGCCUUGAAUGUAAGCAGAAACUCUUGCUUAGAACUAAACAACCCAAGCCUCCAACUAGUCUCAUGCUGCCUCCCGUACGAUUACCCGCAACUGAUGAGUGCUUUUAUGUUAGAGAUGGUAAUGGUAAAUCAGAGGGUCGGUCAUUAACCACCGACCAAACGGAAUUGAUUAGGGUGAAAUUUGAGAUUGUUGUAAAGGGUAAUUGUGUUCCAGCUCCAGUGUUGUCUUUUGCUCAUUGUAAUCUUCCUCAGAAGCUCCUGCAGAACAUUGAAUCUGCUGGGUAUGAAAUCCUGACACCAGUUCAAAUGCAGGCAAUUCCAGCUGCCUUGAGCCGCCAAAGCCUGCUCGUUUCGGCUGAGACUGGUUCAGGAAAAACUGCGUCUUAUUUGGUUCCCACAGUCUCUUAUUGUGCAAAUUUCAGAAAGGAGUCGUCUGUAGACCAGAAAAAACCAUUAGUGAUGGUGCUGACACCAACUAGGGAGCUUUGCAUACAGGUUGAGGAACAAGCCAAGGUACUCGGAAAGGGUUUGCCCUUUAAAACGGCAUUGGUGGUAGGCGGUGAUGCAAUGCCUAGACAGAUCCAUCGUAUACAGGGCGGAAUAGAAAUGAUUAUUGGUACACCUGGAAGGCUUAUUGAUCUUUUAACCAAAUUUGAGAUAGAAUUAGACAGUGUCUCAAUUUUAGUUAUAGAUGAAGUGGACUGCAUGCUCCAAAGGGGCUUUCGUGAACAGGUGAUGCAGAUAUAUAGGGCUCUAUCUCAACCUCAAGUCUUGUUGUAUUCUGCAACGGUUCCAAUUGAGGUAGAGAAGAUGGCAAGUUCACUGGCAAAAGAGAUCAAUAUCAUCACCGUUGGAAAGCUAAACAAGCCAAAUCAAGCUGUGAAGCAGGUGGCUAUCUGGGUUGAGUCAAAGCAUAAGAAGCAAAAGCUUUUUGAUAUAUUUAACAGCAGACAGCAUUUCAAGCCACCUGUCAUAGUGUUUGUGGGUUCAAGACUUGGGGCGGAUCUCCUUUCUGACGCUAUAACUAUCUACACUGGAUUAAAAACGUCAGCUAUUCAUGGGGAGAAGAGCAUGAAAGAGAGGAGAGGAAUUUUAAGUUCAUUUUUACUAGGAGAGCUUCCAGUGAUUGUGGCAACUGGGAUAUUGGGACGAGGAAUUGAUCUUUUGCAUGUAAGACAGGUGAUCGUGUUUGACAUGCCAAAUUCCGUGAAGGAGUAUGUUCAUCAGAUUGGUAGAGCAUCCAGAAUGGGAGAGGAGGGUAAUUCAAUUCUCUUUGUUAACGAGGAGAACAAGAAAUUGUUCCCUGAGUUGAUUGGAAUAUUGAGAUCAUCUGGGGCUGCUAUACCUCGGGAGAUUACCAAUUCUAGGUACCUGGCGGCCUCGUUACCUAGCGACAGGGGAAACAGAAAAAGAAAGCCCUAUGUUUAAGCUGUCAAAGAUUUGUCCAUAUUGUUCUUUUCAGAUCAGCUGUUGGAUUGAAGUUGAUUCGAAGAACCAUCUGUUUACACAUAUAUUAUGAUCGACUCAAAUUUUGACAACCAAUAACUUUAAAAACAAACCAUCCUGAUGUGAUCAAAUUUUAGCAACAUAGCAUCUGGUUCAUAUGAGAAGCCAUCGCAUCUGAUGAGCAGUGCCAUGGCAUCGAUCAUGUAUAUGAAAAGGUGGUGACUGAUUCCUUCACUCCAUUUCGAUUUCUCUCUAGUUUCAUUUUCAUGAUCCAAGGAUAAAUAGAUUUCAAUAUAAAUACUAUUCAUUUGCGUAUUUUGGGGGUGAUGAUUUCUCUCAGGUUUCUUUCUAUAUGUUUGUGCUUUUUUAGUACUCCCAAAGGCCCUCGAGUGUUGAAUUGUCUUGCAAGUACCGUAUGGAUGGCAAUGUGUGCGACUAAGGAAGGGUCAAGAAUAUCUUAGAAAGCUCCCAAAGGUGUAGGAUAGACUAGUUCUCGGAUACAUAAUGCAUAUAUUGUGGAGUGGAGUGAGGUAUUCGUAAUGUAUUUUGUAGUCAGACUUUGUAGAUGAACCUAAAAGUCAUAUCUAAAUUGAUAAGCAUAGUUUUAAUUGUAUGUAUGCAUCCAAGGUUGAAGAAACAUAAAGGAUAACCAAUAAACUGCAAAGAAUAAUUUCCAAGCAGGACGGUGUUUUGGGAAAAACUUAACACCAU